UCACUGGGUUACACUGGGUACAGAGCGACGAUAACUGGAAAUAACCUCGCAUUCGCAUGCGAGGCAAUUUAAUGUAUUCGUUCGGUAUAAUGUGGUCGCCAGACUACAACUAUUUAUAAAACCAGCUCGCGGACGGAGCAUGCCCUUUAAAAUGAAUCUAUUAAAAUUUUCGAAACAUUGUUUUUUCAAUGGAGCAGUCUUGUUUGUGAGAAUUUAACAACAGCCAGAACAUCUGAUUGAAAAUGGCUUUGUUAGGAGCACAAUUGGUCAUCACUCUUGUAAUGGUCAGUGUCAUACAAAAAUUAAGUCCACAUUUUUCUUUCGCAAGAUGGAUCUUAUGUUCUACUGGAUUGAUACGAUAUCUGUAUCCGACAGAUCAACAACUUAGAGCAUUGGCUGGUGUGCCAAAAGAGAAACCAAAGAGAGGAAAACACAGUGAAAAUGGCAAAGUAGGAGAUGUAUUUCAUAUUCCUAGAAAUCUAGAUAUUCAGCUCGAAAGUACAAAAGUGACUGCGCUUGAUGUUGUACACUUAAAAUAUUAUACGGAAUAUCAAUGGCUAUUGGAUUUCUCAUAUGCUUCUAUUGUUUAUAUACUGACAGAGGCAUAUAAUUAUUUGUAUCCAAUCAAAGAUGAGAUUAAUCUCAGUGUACUAUGGUGUUUGGUAGUUCUGGGUUUUGCAUUUAAGGUGCUACUUUCCCUCUGGGUACAAUAUUUCAAAGGAGAGGAAAGUGUAGGUGAAAGAUCUACAUGUAUUGUUACUGGAUUUGCAUACCUUCUCAUUGCUAUGAUGGUGCUUAUAGUUGAUGAAAAUAAAUUGGAAAUUGGUUUGGAAAAGGCAUAUACAAGUUUUAAUCAUAGCGCUUCUCGAUUUUUAGAUACUCAAGGGCUUUCUUCCACGGGGCCAGCUUCAAAAAUAGUUGUGAAGUUCUUCCUUGCUAUAUGGUGUGGUCUAUUGGGAUCGUUAUUCACUUUCCCAGGAUUAAGGGUAUCAAAGAUGCAUUGGGAUACAUUAAGGUAUUAUAAAGACUACAAAUUAUUGUUAUUGAUAGCAAAUAUCAGCUAUGUCUCACCAUUGCUACUGGUGAGCUUAUGGAUUACACCUAUCAGCAGGGAUUAUUUGACUGUUCGAAUAUUUAGUGGUAUGACUGGUCCACUAAUGACAGCUGCAAGUUUUGACAGUAUGAGAUUGAUUAUUAUCAUCAUUGCUGUUUUAUUAAAAAUUGUACUGAUGCCAAUAUAUUUGCAAUCUUAUUUAAAUCUUGCAAUUCAAAGAUUAGAAAUUCAGAAGAAAGAGGCUGGUAGAAUAACUAAUGUUGAUUUACAGAAAAAGAUUGCAGCUGUGUACUAUUAUCUAUGUGUAGUUGCGCUACAAUUUAUUGUUCCAAUAAUUAUGUGUUUAUUUUUUACAUUUCUGUACAAAACGCUCGGUGGUUUUACUUGGGAAGGUAUUUUAAACGGAACACUAGAGGAAGAGUGUCCAGCGGAUGAAUUACCGAAAUUACACUUGUCUACAAUUAGUAAUGAUAAUACUGAUAAGACUGUUAUACAAACUGCUGAAGAACUUCAACUUGCAUUAAAUUCAUUGAAGCAGAUCUUUACCACAGAUGUUUAUAGAGGUAUCUUAGGAUUGGCAACAUGGUGGAGUUGUUUUGCAUUAUUUGCGACUAGUGCUAUGGGCAUGUUUUAUCAAUCAUAUUUUUCCAACAUAUGAAGAGAUCUAGAAGAAAAUCCAGACAUCGCACAAAUCUUCAUUAUUUUACAAAUCGGUCAUUCAUUAUUAGAAUCAUAGCAUUAUCCAUUCAAAUACAUAUUUUCAGAUUACCAAUUUAACAUAUGCCUAUGGUCAAAUAAUUAGGAUGACAGCUAUGAUGUAUAAUGUAAGAUUUUGUAAUACAUAUAUGGCAAUAAAUAUAAUAUUGCAGUUGUAUUAUAAA